AUGACAACAACGACUAUGGAGAAUCCUGCUACUAUAUCCCUGGUGGACAAUACUGUUCCUUCGCAACAGCCGCUAAGUGGAGAACCCUCACGACGAACCUCGAAACAAGGUCAGAAAGGCGGCUUGUCAAAACAUAUCAGUCGUACAGCGGUCUCUGGGCAGCUAGCAAAGCGCAAAUAUGCUAAAUGGCAACCCGACAAACUCGGCCUUUCGACGGACACCGAGACAUCCCCUAGCAGGGAGUCGUCGCAAGUGCGCGGGUCAGUCUCAGCAGAUAGUUCGGCCGGACCGGCAAAUGAGCCCAACCCAGUACAGCCAGACUACGCAACAGAAACCACCCGGGUCGACACAUUGGACUUUGCUCCCCCCUCGCAAACCCAGAGCCUGACAAAUGAAUCUACCCACUCAAACGGAGGACCAGGCCAACAGUCCGAUUCCGAUAAAAUCGCAACCCCCACCACUGAGCUAGAUAUAUUAUACGAGAACCAGCGUGGCUGGUUUCUAUUCGGUGUUCCACGUUACUCCCACAGCUCACUCCUCAACUUCGAUCCCAGUGCCUGGAUGACCCAGCAGAAACGACCCAGUCCCGUCAAUAUCACGAAUGCCCAAGUGCCCGAUCCCAGCUGGGAAUGGGCUUGGAGAACGUGGUAUGUAGAUAUGUCGGGCGAUGUCGACGAACAGGGAUGGCAGUAUUCGCUUUCCUUUGGAUCCUCCCAAUGGCAUGGUACGCAUCCGUGGUUUCACUCGUUUGCUCGGCGAAGGCGCUGGGUUCGGCUACGCCAGAAGAUUCCGGAGAGACGUCACCGUGAACGCUCAGAAUUUGAGAAGGGGCAUAUGUUGACUGAGGAUUACUUUACUAUUCAUUCUUCCAAAGCGAGGAGUCGUGAGCAGAGCAUUGCGCGUCUUUCGGCGGUUGAGUCGGGAUAUUUGAGCCGGGUGGAUACCAAGGUAGAUGAAGAGGAGCAUUUUGAGGAAAUUGGGGAUAUUCCUUCGCUUAUGUAUGCGUUGAAAUUGGCAUCUAUUGAUCGGGAGAGGAUCGAUGCGUUGAAGACGUUUGUUGAGCAGGGAGGGGAGGAGAUUUAUUAUCUCAACGAUAAGAUCCCAGAGAUCAUGUCCAUGUUCCUAUUCCAGGCAUCACGUUGGCAAUUCGUGACAUACCUUGUCGACAUCAUCCAUAAAUUGUCCACUCCAUCGGAUGAUCCGGAGAACAAAGAUGCCGACAAGAUCAAGCGCAAGAAAGAUAACCUAAUUCGAGCGGUUGAGAGUGCUAAACAACAUGUUACCGGGCCAGAUGUCUUUACUCAUAAUCCCGGGGACCUGGCAUCUGACCUCCUCGAUUUGACACCGGUUUCUCGACAUGAUACUUUGCUGUCCAAGCGAGCGCAGGUUACUGGCGAGCCAUUGCAUGUAAUGAAAGUGAAGGAAAUUACCGGCAUUCCCAGGGCCGCGGAAGUUGGCCACGAAGGGCACAUCUAUUAA